UACCGCAACAUGCUCCUCCUUAACCUCCCAUGAGUCUCUGGGCUCAGAACUCAGCCUCCGCCACUGGGGGCGGAGUAACGCCGGAGUGCCGAAUUACGCACUUCCUCCCGGGGUUCGGAGGCCGAACCCUUGUGUAAGGGGUUCGAGUCCCGCCCCCUGACUCUCGGCUCUAAACCCUGAGUCUGGGGCGGGGUACGUUCGGCCGGGUUAGCUCUCCUCGCCGAGGGGCAGCGGCACACCUCGGGCUUCACCAUGGAGAACUACCUGCAGGACUGUCGAGCCGCUUUGCAGGAGUCCAGGCCUGUACAUGUUGUGCUGGGAAACGAAGCCUGUGACUUAGACUCCAUGGUGUCUGCUCUUGCCCUGGCUUUCUACCUUACAAAGACAUCUGAAGCAGAAGAGAUCUUCAUACCAGUUUUAAAUAUAAAGCGUUCUGAGCUUCCUCUACGAGGGGACAAUGUCUUCUUCCUGCAGGAGCUUCAGAUUCCAGAGCCUGCGCUGAUUUUCCGGGAUGAGAUUGACCUCUGUGCCCUGCACGAGGCUGGCCAACUCAACCUCACCCUUGUCGACCAUCACAUCUUACCCAGUGAUGCAGCUCUGGAGGACGCAGUAACAGAGGUGCUGGACCACCGACCAAUUGAGCAGAGCUACAGUCCUGCCUGUCAUGUUUCCGUGGAGCUGGUGGGGUCCUGCGCUACCCUGGUGGCAGAGAGAAUCCUGCAGGGGGCACCAGAGAUCUUGAGCAGACAGAUUGCUGCCCUGCUGCGAGGUACUAUCAUCCUGGACUGUGUCAACAUGGAUGCCAAAAUCGGAAAGGCAACCCCGAAGGACAGCAAAUAUGUGGAAAAACUGGAGGCCCUCUUCCCAGAUCUGCCUAAAAGACAGGACAUGUUUGAUUCUCUGCAAAAAGCGAAGUUUGACAUCUCAGGACUGAGCACUGAGCAAAUGCUCAGAAAGGACCAGAAGACCAUCUACAGACAAAGCAUCAAGGUAGCUGUCAGUGCCAUCUACAUGGACCUGGAGGCCUUUCUGCAGCGGUCAAACCUCCUCACAGAUCUCAGUACUUUCUGCCAUGAUCACAGCUACGAUGCCCUGGUGGCCAUGACUAUCUUUUUCAAUACUGACAAUGAGCCAGUACGGCAAUUGGCUGUUUUCUGUCCACACGUAGCACUUCGAAUGACAGUCUGUGGAGCCCUGGAACAGUGCGCCUCCCCACCCCUGAAGCUGACCCCCAUGCCAAGCAUCUCUCCCAACCUCCAAUCCUAUCUUCAAGGCAACACCCAGGUCUCUCGAAAGAAACUUCUGCCUGUGCUCCAAGAAGCCCUGUCAGCAUAUUUUGACUCGAUGAAGAUGCCUGGAGGGCAGCCUGAGGUGGCAGGCAUGUCCAGGGAGCAGGCAGACAAGGAACUGGAUGGGGCAGGCAACUCUGUGAUAUCUGGACUGAGUCAAGAUGAAGAAGACCCUCCGCUGCCACCCACGCCCAUGAACAGCUUGGUGGACGAGUGCCCUCUGAAUGAGCUGCCAAAGCUCUCUGCUGAGGCCAUCUUUGAGAAGUGCAGUCAGAUCUCACUGUCUCAGUGUGCCAGAGUCUCCCCGUCAAAUAAGUGACCGCUGGAAGAGGGUGGGGAGGUGAGGAGGAGGCAGUUGGCCUGCCUCAAAUGCAUGUUUUGAGAUGUUUGACUAUUUCAGCAACCGUGUCUCUUGCUCCAGGGUCUGGUGUGCUGUUCUCAUAAAACUGGGAGGGAACCAAAAGCAGCUGCUGUAAGAAUGGCUUUCUGCCUCCUCUCUCCCGUCUCUGCCAGACAAGUUUUAUUUAAUUUUAUUAUUUAAUCUGCACUGAUUUUUUUCUAUUCUGUUUGGGAAGGUACAGUGUGAUGCUGUCCCUGUCCUAGCCAAGCAGGACUAAAGGAAUGUAGACUCCAUCUGUGUGUCCUCAGAGGAUGGUGGACUGCCAGGAUCUGUCAUGAAACCAAUUUUACUGCCUGUCUCCAUGCACUACUUCACCUUUUUACUUUCUUUUUGAGACAGAGACUGAUGUAGCCCUAGGCUGGCCUUGAACUCUGUGUGUAUCUGAGGCUAGUCUUAAACUCCUAAUCCUCCUGAGUGCUGAAAUUGUAGUCAUGUACUAUCAUACUUGGCUAGUCUCUUGUCUUGAACAGAUGUCCCAACUUUCUAUUUCUUUGGCUCCUUCUGUCCCAGAGUCACAGGAAGCCAGAAGAGAUCCUAAGGAUCUAGGGUUCUUGAGAUCUCCUGGCACCCAGGAUGGCUGUAAGAUCUCAUUUUUGCCAAAAGGGUAGAAAUUGGCUGAGCCUGUGCUGUAGUGGGUCUGGUGAGUUCAAGAAAGCAUAGGGUGUCUUCUGGUGAGACACCUCCACAUCUGUAAAUGAGGGUUAGGAGUAGAUGUUCCAUGGUAUUCUGUGACCUGCCUCUUCCUGCCAUCCUCUCUCUCCUCUGCUUUGUUGUAUUUUUCUUUUUGUCUUUCCCGGGAGUGCUUGGGGUCACUUGAUUGUUUUGUGUUUAUGUGUGAUUGUACCAAGGGACUUAGCCUUAUGCAGCAUGUACAGGGUGUAAUCGUGACCCAGCGGCAAGCUCUCUCCCAGUGUAGUCUGCAUGUGUAGACUUUCCCUGUCUCCCCCCCUUUUCACCAAGCCGUUUCCCCGAUCUUACCCCAUAUAAGUUGCAAGCAGUAUGGCCAAACAGUAGGGUAGGGUGUGUGGUGGUUUGGGGCAGUCUGACCACUUUAGGGUCCAUCUGUAGCCAUUGGGAAUGUGAACUAUUGGUGCAGUCACUGAGCCCAAAGGGACUGUGUUCUGUGACUUUGGUACUUUGUUUUGCAUUUUGUUUCAUAUUAAAUACUUUCUUCUGAUUUGA